AUGGCUGCCAGAGCAGUGCGGCCAGGCCGAAAUGAUAGCUUCAUUUGUUACAUCGUCUCACUCGAAUCUCGUCCCGGAUUCGGUGAGGGAGACUGCUGUUUGCCUCGCACAUCACGACCCUGACGGUUAGUUGGCGUCCACUCGCCCAACACGCAAAGCAUCCUUCGGCCGUCGCCAGUUUCCAACACUCCCCCCACAUGGUUGUGAGGCAGAGCUAGACAUCUCAUCGGAGCCAUGAAACCCAACACUUCAACAGUCGGACUCAAUGGCGAGAUGGGUUCUGACCUAGGCAAGACGGGCUUGUCAUCCGCUCUGGACCAACAGAGCCCGGGUUUAGAUUUACUCCCUUGGUGUCCAUCCGACACGCCGUACACGGAUUCGAUGCCCCUUGACGGGCCAGGCUGCGACUACUUCCCUCUGCGAAGCACCUCGGCGUCGGUUUUCCUGGACCCUGGAGCAUCGUUUCUCCCUUGGGCAACAUUCCCAGGAGUACCACUCUCAACGCAAUACUUGGCAGCUUCGGAUCUCGCGUCCGUCAAUUCGGGCUCUGUCAUGCAGGUCGGAGGGUCGCCGUGGUCCAAGCCGAUACCAGAUAAGCCGUCGGUCAGUUCCCAUACUGAGCACAUUCCCCCCGCCGCCGCCGAGGCGAAACGCGGGAGAGCCAAGGCCUACACCAGACAGCAUAGUAUCCAGCUCCGCACAGCCCCCCGCAAGCCUCGCAGGUCCUGGGUAACGGCCGCCUCUCAUACCCCUGAUGCCGACAACAAGGGAAAUAGAUCCCCUCCCACCGAUGACGACGACCUGACCGCUGAAGAGCGCCGCGCCCGCCGCAACCACAACCUAGUCGAGAAACAGUACCGCAACCGUUUGAACGCCCAAUUCGAGCGUCUGCUUGCCGUGCUCCCCGUGGACGAAUGCCGAACCAGAGCGGGAACAAUGGACCGCGUCGAGACUAGCGGGGUCGACGAGAAGCGGAUGAGCAAGGCCGAGGUACUGGAAUUGGCUACUAGGCGGAUCAGGACACUCGAGGUGGAACGCAAUCAGCUGCUGAGGGAGCGAAGAGAGCUGCUGAGAAGCAUCGAGGUCAUGAUGGCCGGGGCCGUGGGCGCAAGGCCAGGGAUACCGAUUGCUGGUUUGGGCGUUGCUGUGGGGGGUAAUUGAGGGCAUCGCUCCUCAGUUUGAGUCAUGCCCCAUGUUCGAAGUCACCCUGUUUUCAACGAAAAAGAAAAACCAAUAAACGUUUGACAAGGAAACCAACGGUCUUGUGCAGGCUACU